ACAGAGGUGACUCUUACCGACACGACCCGGCGAAGCCGUCACGUUGGCUGGCCGGCUCGCUCUCCCUUUGCUUCUCUUUUGCAAACUCCCCAUUGGCAAGGCAAGAGGGAUUGAUCAGUUCCCUAUCUUCUUGACUUUUGGGCAGGGUGCGAAAGGGACAGAAGCGUGUCGUCUGCAACUACCCUUGCUCUCGUUGCAGCAGGGGCCAUGUUGGGGAUGAGACCUGCUGUCGCCGCUCCGCUCGGGCUUCAAAGAGGGCUACUCCGAUGCGCAGGCGGCUCGAGACAUCAUUCAUCGGUUGCUCUUCUGUCUGGACGCUCACCUAGGACUCUGAUUUCCCCUACUGCCUCAUCCUCCCCGUCAUCUUGUCGUCGCCGUAUUGCUUCUCUCGCGGAAAUCGACCCCGAUCACCCUGAACCCCGCAAUCCCUCCACUGUCUCCAUUGAUCCUUUCUCGUGGGAAGACACGGCCUUUGAUCAGGCUCGCCGAGACAAGCUCGGCCUUCGAGGCCUUCUUCCCCCCGGCCAUCAGUCGCUCCAGACGCAGAUCGAGCGCACCCUCGUUCAGCUGAGAUCAAAGAAGACGGACCUUGGCAAGUAUGUCUUCCUCUCGGCACUCCGCGUUACCAACGUCCGGCUCUUCUACGCCGUCGUCAUGCAGAAUGCAGAGGAAUGCCUGCCUCUGAUUUACACGCCCGUCGUUGGAGAAGCUUGCCAGAAGUUUUCCAAGAUCUACCGCCGCCCUGAAGGCCUGACCAUCUCUCUCGAGGACAAGGGGCAGGUGGCCAAGGUCAUCGACAACUGGCCUGUCCCCACUGGCGCGCCACGCAUUGCUGUUCUCACCGACGGAAGCCGUAUUCUCGGCCUUGGCGACCAGGGUUGGGACGGCAUCGGCAUCAGUAUUGGCAAGCUGAGCCUUUACGUCGCUGCUGCCGGUAUUCACCCGCGCGCUACCAUUCCCAUCUGUGUUGACCUGGGCACCAACAACAAGGAGAAGCUGGAGGACCCCCUCUACCUCGGUCUGCGCAGGGAGAGGGCCUCCGACGCAGAGUACACCGAGUUCCUCGACGAGGUCAUGGACGCCCUUAACACGAAGUACCCGAACCUCAUCGUCCAAUUCGAAGACUUCAGUACCGAGCGAGCCUUUUUCUUCCUUGAGCGCUACCAGAAGAACAACCGCGUAUUCAAUGACGAUAUCCAGGGUACGGGCUCUGUGGUCCUUGGUGGCUUCACCAAUGCCGCCCGCGUCAGCAGCAAGGCAUCAGGCAGGCCGCUUCACGACCAAAAGAUCCUGUUCUUUGGUGCAGGGAGUGCCGGUGUCGGUGUUGCUAUGCAGCUCAAGAGCUUCUUUACCCGCCAGGGUCUCUCCGACGAGGAGGCAAAGAAGCGCAUUUGGCUGUGCGAUUCCAAGGGUCUCGUCACAAAUGACCGUGGUGACAAGCUGCCCCAGCACAAGAUUCACUUCUCACGAGACGACAACGAGGGCAAGCAGUGCAAGACCCUCAUCGAGGCCGUCGAAUACAUCAAGCCAACAGCUAUCAUUGGCCUCAGCACGGUCCCAGACACCUUCACGGAGGAGGUCCUCCAACGCAUGGCUGAGCUCAACAAGCGCCCCAUCGUCUUCCCUCUCUCCAACCCUUCGCACCUGUCCGAGUGCAACUUUGAGACGGCCGUCAAGGCUACCAAGGGUGCCGUCAUCUUUGCUUCUGGAAGCCCAUUCCCCGAGCUCGACUACGAGGGAAAGCACCUCAUUCCUGGCCAAGGAAACAACCUUUACGUCUUCCCCGGCAUCGGCUUGGCGGGCGCUCUUUGCAAGGCCGGACGCAUCAGCGAUGAGAUGAUCACCGAGAGCGCCCUUGCGCUGGCGGAUUGCCUAAACGACGAAGAGAAGGCAGAGGGGCGUGUCUACCCUGCCCUGACGAGGAUGCGCGAAAUCUCCCGCGAUGUGGCUGUGCGCGUCAUCCAGAUGGCCAUCAAGCAGGGCCACGCCAGAGAUGGCGGCUACACGGCCUCGAUGGACGAGGACGAUCUCAGGAACUGGGUCGAGGGCGAGAUGUGGAAGCCCACGUACCAGACUUACGUUGCCUAG